UCGAACCCUAAUAGCAAAUUUGUCUCGUCCAGCAUCUUCUUCUCGUUUUCGAGAAAUUGGGUCGCCAUUGAUUCGAACCUCGCAAGAUGGAAAGCACUAGAUCGGACCCAGAGCUUGAUGAUGACUUUAGUGAAAUCUACAAGGAGUAUACUGGUCCUGUGACUACUGUCACCAACACUAUCCAAGACAAAGACAAACCUAUUAAACAACGGUCUGAAGAAAGAUGUGAUGAAGAAGGUCAACAACCUGACCCCAAUUCUGUGCCAACUGAUUUCACUAGCCGAGAAGCUAAGGUUUGGGAGGCUAAAUCGAAAGCUACUGAGAGGAAUUGGAAGAAGAGGAAAGAAGAAGAAAUGAUCUGUAAGAUAUGUGGGGAGUCUGGUCAUUUCACUCAGGGAUGUCCAUCAACACUUGGUGCCAACAGGAAGUCUCAAGAAUUCUUUGAAAGGGUACCGGCUAGGGACAAGAAUGUGAGAGUUUUGUUUACGGAGAAAGUUAUGGAAGGUAUUGAAAGGGAGACCGGCUGCAAGAUUAAAAUGGAUGACAAGUUCAUAAUUGUCAGUGGCAAAGACAGAUUAAUCUUGAGGAAAGGUGUUGAUGCUGUUCACAAGGUUAAGGAGGAUGGUGAGAUGAAAAGCUCUUCUGCUCCUCACAGGAGCAGAUCCAGGUCACCUAGGCGAACAUCUGUUGGUCCACCGCGUGCUCGAAACUCUGAACCUCAAGUACAGCACCCGCCAUCACAUGGUUCAUCAAGUUUCUCAGAGCGCUCUGGAAGGCAAGAUAAGUUUGUGGAUAAUCGUGUGCGUGAAGAAAAUCGUGUUCGUGAGAAUCAGCGAAAUGUUUACCGAGGAUCACCACAAGCUUAUGGUAGUGACAGAGCUCGGAGUCGUUCCACACAUUCAAAAUCUCCUGGGAGACCACGUUAUAGUGGAUGGGAUAAACCGUAUGACAGGCAAAAGCCUGAGGUGAGUGGUUAUAGGUCUGAAAGAUGGGAUCAAGAGAGAAUGGGUGGCUCCAGCGACAUUCAGGUGAGUCAACAGUUUGAACGCCCUCCUUUCCCACAGACGUUAGAGGAACUAGAAUUGGAAUAUACGAGGGAUGCAAUGGAGCUUGAAAAGAAACGGGAUAAGGAAGAAGAUGAGGAGAACAUCAAGCAUCGUGAGACAAUCCGGGAACUGAGAGAGAGUUACAUGAAGAAACUGGCUGGGCUAAGGGGUAUGAAUGCUAAACAAUGGGAUGAGUUCCUUCAAUUGGAUGCUCAAAGACGUCAACAGCAAGCACGGCAGCAAAUUUCUGGUCUGAGUUAUGGUAACUAUAGACAGUUUCCUUAUACCGAGUUCGAUGAUGGGUACUCUGCCAAUCAUCCUCCCUAUGGUGGAAACAAUGUGCCAAUGGAUUCCCAGGGCAGAUAUCCAAACCAUGUAAAAAACUAUUCCUCAAGGCAUCAAGAAAACAAUUAUAGUACUGGGUUUCAACGCCAGAGACGUGAGGACUAUGGAAAAGCCUACAAUCGUUAUUAGACCAUCGUAACCAGAUGGUGUAUGGGUCUGCUGAAUAUGGGUUACGACAAACGAGUCCAGAUCUCACCUCCAAAUCUCUGGUAGGUAAUCCGAAUUCUUAUUAUGUUGCACACAUAAUGUAACUUGGAGACAAUGCGCAAGCAAAGGGUUGUUCCUUGUUGGUGAGCCAGUCUAAUAUGUGGCAAUGUUGAAACUGUCCUCGUCCGUGCAAAAGAAGACCUGUAAUUGCCAGCAAUCUGUUUCUCCUUUGGUUUGUGUUUUUACAUUCUAAAAGAUUUCCUGCUUUAAGAGUAGUGAUAAACCAUUUCAUUGUACUCAUACUUCAUCCUGUAGACAGGUUAUUUUCUUUAAGAUCUGAUUAAUUGCGAAUAUCUCUUUUGCUUC